GUUAACUAAUUCUGAGAGGCUUUGCACCCAACAAUGGAGGAGUGAAGAGACAAAUAAAACUCAUAGAACAGGAGCCAUGAAAACCUUCAAUCAUCACCUUGAUAAACAUUAGUAAUUUAGGGUAUAUUUUGACAAACUGCAAUACUAGAUUGGUAAUAUAUGAAUCAAAGUAUAGUUUCACUGCGGAAAAGUAAACUUGGCAAUUUUGACAGUGUCCUUAAUCUGUGAUUAGACGAUAAUGAACUGUGAAGAUAAACCAUAAUUCUAAUUCAAUUAACUGAUUUGCAGAAGGGAAAUGGACCCAAUUUAUCUUUGAUAAAAUGAGAGAUUCCAAGACUAGAUAAGUGCGUUCCAGCCCAAAUUAAGCACCCAGAUUAUGCUGAUAGAUGGCUAUUGAGUUGUGUUAGCCAACCAGUCUUCUUUUCUGGCUCCCUCGGGACUGGAGGACAGGUAUGAACAAGUCACUGCGCGCUGGGGAGUGUGUCAAAUUACAACAGAUACGUCCUGGCGGGCUCAAAAGACACAAUUCCACUCUGUCACACCCUAAAAGCAGCGGGUCCACUGUUAUCUCUGUUGCACGAAAUGCUCCUCACAUGGACGUGUGCCGCUUUCCUCUAUCCAGUGUACGGCUACUGAAUUGAGAGCCAAUUACCCAAUUCUGAGAAAUGACAAGUCCUGGAGGUUGGAGAUGUCAGUUGGGCACUUGACUUGGAAAGGAAAAAAAGUAUGGGUCUCUUUGUCCAAAAAAAAAAGGUGGAUAAAAUGAAACGGAUCAAAUGAGGAGCGUGUGUGUGAAACAGAGGGAGGGUUGUUGAGCUAGUUGAGCAAAAGCCAUGUGAGCUUUUGCGAAGGAGGGUCCUCUCAGGAUCCCCACUUUUAUUUCUGCUGACCACACACAUAACCAUUUGGUUCUAUAUCAUUUGAAAUCAUGGUGCAACCUCUAGGAAUUCUAUAUAAAUACAAGUAGAAGAUAGCGGAUCCAUCCCCAAGCUCCAAGGCUUUCUUCACUAGUAAAUUCAGUCAAUUUUCUACUCCAAUUUUGUGACAAUUAUCAUGGGUUUUCGUUUGCCAUCCAUUAUGGUUAAUGCUAAGCAAAUUCUUAAAGCGCAGCACCCUCGGUCGGGUGUGCCAAAAGGACACAUUGCAGUUUAUGCUGGAGAGGUCCAGAGAAAGCGGUUUGUCGUUCCGAUCUCUUUCUUGAACCAUCCUUCAUUUGCAGACUUGCUCAACCAAGCAGAGGAACAGUUCGGCUUCGAUCACCCAAUGGGCGGUUUAACAAUACCAUGCAAAGAAGACACGUUUAUCGAUCUUGCUGCUCGAUUGAAUGCCUUACAAUUGUGACAAGCUUCACAUUACUCGUUCCUUUCCACUAUUGUUAAAUAAAAGAACUUGUAGCAAACCCUAUGUAUGUAUAGUCCGCUCCUGCAAGUAACUGAGCUGACCAACAUCAGGCUCUUGCAUUUUAAACCUCUUCAUCUCUGUUCUCACCAACAUCAGGUUGAGAGCUAGUUUUUUGGUUAAACGUUGCUGAAAUCCACGCCAUGAAAUGACAAAAACUACGACUUUGCUUACACAGUGUGCGCCGAGUCAAUAAUAACUUUAUUACUAACAAGCACUUACUGGAAAUAUGUUCCAACUCUGUUUUCUUCCUUUAUAUAUAGAAUAUUUUACAGGUGGUUUACGAUACCAUACAUAACUUGAUGAAACAACCCUCAGACAGAUACUUUUAUUAACCUUGACGACUGAUUUAAUGUGGUCAUAUGUUAUACUUCACAAAAUGAAGGAUA